AUGGGACGGAUCGAUGGGAUUCGAUCUGGAGAUGAGACCGGCGAUCAGGUCUUGAAAAGGGGAUUUCGCACGGUAAAGGCGUUUAGCCAGGAGGUUCGGCUGGGAAAGGGCCUGAACCGUGAAACGGCCGUCUGCGGCCAGGCGCGGCCGGGAUGGGUUGUUUCAAAAUUCGCGAUGAAGGCUCAAUUCAUGUGUCCCGAACUCGAGGGAACUAAGUAUUCAUCGUGA